UUCAAACCCAAGCCUGGCAUCAAACAGCGAGCCCUCAGAUAAACCAAACAAACAGACCAGGGAUCGCACAGAGGGAGGCGACGCUGGAAGCGGAAUAACAACACAACCAGAUCUCGACGCCUUGCACUUUGCAAACUCUUUGCAUUUCCACUUGAAUGAUCCCUCUAUCUUGCAUGCAAGUGUAUCGACUUGUGAGGUUAUUGUCAUAUGAUCAUAAUGACCUGUUUGUAGCGCAAGUGUCCGCCCUGUGGUUGCGCUUUGAUGUAGGCCUAGUGGCCGAUCACAGAUCAGAUUACAUGGUUUAGAUCGCAGCCAUCCCCUGCCUUUGAUCUCCACGCUGAUUUUGUCCUCAAUCCGGGGAUUCGUCUGGUCUGGAGCAGCGCAGCGGAGCAGCAAGCACAUCGCAUGGCUGGAAUGGUCUGGAGCCCUAUGCAGAACGCAUAGGAGUGGAUAUCUGUCUGAAACUACGCUCAUUCAGCCAGGGAAAGGACAACUAAAGAACCGAUCAGACUACAGAAGCACAUACCAGAGUCAUUCCACAGUAACCCCUCACAAUGUCCUGGAUGUUUGGGCACACCUGGUUACUUCUACUGACGUUUCAUGUAAUAUACUCAUCUCUGGUUCCUGUAACGGCGGAGGAGGAGACCAGAGAAUGCAGGGAACAGGAGUACAAGGAUCAGCUUGGGAACUGUAAACCCUGCAAGCAGUGCGACGCGGGGCAGGAGCUAUCAAAGGAAUGUGGCUUUGGUUACGGAGAGGAUGCCCGGUGUGUGCCCUGCAGAAGCAGCCGCUUCAAAGAGGAUAGGAGCCUGCAGAAGUGUAAGCCCUGCCUGGACUGUGGCCUGAACAACCGCUUCCAGAAGGGCAACUGUUCCACCACCAGAAAUGCUGUGUGCGGAGACUGUCUGCCUGGGUUUUACAGGAAAACUAAGCUGAGCGGAUUCCAAGAUAUGGAGUGCAUACCAUGUGGGGACCCUCCACCUCCAUAUGAACCACACUGCAGCGGGCGGGUGAACCUGGUGCCCAUCCCCCCGGUGGUGACAAGCCCUCGGGACAUGGCCCUGGCAGCGGUCAUCUGCAGCGCUCUGGCCACCGUGCUGCUGGCCCUGCUCAUCCUCUGUGUCAUCUACUUCAAGAGACAGCUGCUGGAGAAGAAACCCAGCGCAUCUUUAAGGUCCCAGGACGGUCCAUAUAGUGGGGCUGAGUUGUCGUGCCUGGACCGACGGAGGCUCCAUGACUUCCCUCAGCGCCCAUGCUGCCAGUGUCACCACGGGCCAGGCCACACCUGUGGCCCAGUGCACCUGAUCCCCUCCCUGUGCUGUGAUGAAAGCUGCAGCCUGGGCCGGAGCAGAGACACCAGCCCCUUCCAGUCCCAGAUCAGCAUCAACGAGGGAUAUAGCGUGAACCCCUGUGAGGAGAACAUCCUGGCCUAUCUGAAAGCCCAUCCAGAGCCCUGCAUCUCCAGAGAGGCCGGCGAGACAUGGCCGCUCAUGCAGAACCCUGACUAUGCUGAGAACUUGGGACCACCCCGCUGCAACCCAGAACCCACAGAGAGGUGUGAUGUGGAGGAAGAGGGUGAGGAGGAAGAUGAGGAAGAGGAGGAGGGUUGCAGGUCAAGUGAGGACACACAGAAGCCAACUGAACAGGCUAGACAGAGCCAGGAGAAGACUGGUUCCCUGACAGAGGUCCUCCUUCCAAAUCAGCAGCCAUCUUCACUGGAAGGAUGACAUGGAUUUAUUUGGCUCAUGUUCCACUCUUGAACCGCCCCGGACCGGAAAACAGUCCAGAAAGAUCACGUUUCAGAUUACACUAGCCCACACACCAAUUUCGAAAAAGUGUGUGGCACACAAUCUCUUUCAAGCGGCUUGUGACCCACGGCCUUCCGUCACGCAUCUGAAGCGACUAUGUAAAUAAAUGCAAACAAAAGCACUUCACUGCAAAAUAAAGCACAAGAGCAGAGACUGAAAAUAAAUCUAUGCACAACGCGAGGUUGCCGGGCCAGAGGCUGAUAUAAUGAAGUUGAAAUGAUGACAAAAUGACUGUUGACUGGUACAAAGUAAAUAGAAGCCAUCCACUUUGUUUCUGAUGUCUGCUUAAGAAUGUCUUACAUCUACUUAUGUAGGUGACUAGCAGCAACAGUAUCACAGAUGUGGCAGUGUGACUAUUGAUGUGUCUUGUCGUGAAGUCACUGUUACAAGAUAAUAACUGGCAACAUCUCCUUAAAAGGCCUAAGAGAAGCACGUCAAAACAUACGUCUGUGAUUUCUGGUGCACAUUGAAGACAAUCUAGAUAAUACUGAACAAGUUAAGACAAUAAGGAAUGUUUGUGUGUGAUAUCAAAUUUGUUGUAGAUAUUGUAAAAUAGAAAAUAGGUCAAUAUUUUUGUAACGUAGACAUGACUGACUAGUGACAAAUAUGCCUGUUUUUUUCAGUUGUAGUAUUGGUGGUUGUGCAUAUACACUUCCACAAUUAACUUUAAUUUGAUAUGAUUGUCCAUAUUUGUAAAUAAACCACUUCAACAAGA